AUGAGAUCUCUCAAAACAUCAGGUGGGCUGACAAGAGGCAGUCGGAUGACAGAAGCACAGCGGAAUUUCUGGACACAAUCAAUGCCACAUCGAGCAGCAAUUAACCUUGCUAUGCAGGAGGGCACAUGUGUGGAUCUGGUGACAAGCGUGCAACAUGAAACAUUGGGAAGAGCACGAUUGCAAAGAGAUUACGAUGAUGUUUCUCGACUGCUUGAUGUUUUAAGAGAAUACUCCCCAUUUUCUGCAGAUCCAUUUCUCAGAAAUGUUGUUACUGGUGAGGUUGCAAGUCAGAAAGUCAACGUGGACUCAUACCAGUCUGUUGAAAAAGAUAUUAUUAAAGCUAUGCAUAAGAGAACCGCAUUUUCGCAUAAGUUUAAGAGAAGCCAGAAAGCAGUGACAAUGGGAACUACAAACAAAAUAAAAGUAGACAAGGACAUAAGUAUUGACCCCACUGUGCUCUUUCAGCGGUUCGUUAUCAUACAGCAGACUGUUGAUAUUGAUACAUCUGAUGUGUACGAACUAACUACAUAUCCACCAGCCCUCUUUGUAAGAAACCAUGUAAUGCUGACAGCUGAUAAGCCAAAGUUGAAGGAAGCACUGAUAGCAGAAGCAAUGUCAACGUUAAAGGCAUAUUCCUCANNNUCAAAGACAUCAAAUAAAGAGCAGUUAGAAGACCUAGUAUAUGAAAAUGAGUGA